UCCGUCCUGAAACGCCGAACUGUAGUCUCACGAGCACUUCGCAGCGCGCGCCUGCAACGAACUAAACACAACACUAAAGAUGUCGAUUGUCCCAAUGUUAUUCCGUGACUGGUGGGACGACUGGGAGCGUCCCUCGAAGCUUUUGGACCAACACUUCGGCAUGGGGCUCAAGAGGGACGAUCUGCUGUCCUCCCUCUCCUCAUUCCCCUCGAGCUCGCUGUUCAGGAACUCCUACUUCAGGCCGUGGAGGGCUAGCCUCGCGCGACAGGAGUCCUCUUCUACUAUAAACCUUACUAAGGAGAAAUUUGAGGUCAUCCUGGAUGUCCAACAAUUCACCCCAGAAGAAAUCACAGUGAAAGCGAGCAACAACACAGUCCUUGUCGAAGGCAAGCACGAGGAAAAACAAGAUGAGCACGGCUUCAUCUCACGCCAGUUCACUCGCAGAUACAUCCUCCCUACGGGUUACGAAGUUACAGACAUAGUCAGCACUCUAUCCUCCGAUGGGGUCCUCACAAUUACUGCCCCUAAACGUGCUCCCCCGAAUUCCGGCGAAAGACUUAUCCCCAUCACUAAAACUGGUCCAGUCAAACAGCCAGAAACCUCCAGCAACGAACAGCCUCACGAACAAACCGUCCCAAUUGUCACCUCCCCUUAAAUACGAAACAUCGAUUAAUAAGAGAGCUUAUUUACAUGUAGAGAGUAUCGAAAUGCUAUUACGUUAAAGUUUAGUGGACCGCUUUCAACUGGUUUUCGAAUCGCUAGGCCCGUUUUGCCCAUGAAGCUGUCUGAUGAAGUGUGGAUGAAUUUGACUUCUAACACAAUGUCGAUCAGUUGUAUUCCAUUCCGUAAUUAAUGAGUUUCAAAACUUUUGAAAACAUCUUUGCAGACCGCAAGCUUUGCGAGCUUAGAAAUCUUAUGCUAAGGGUACUGAUAUUAAUAAGAAACCGAAAAUAGAACCGUUCAAAAC